CCCCGGAAUCCAAUGACAUAAAGAACAGACCAACAAGAUUUCAGUCCAAAAGAUCCAGCACCCACCAUGGAAACUAGCCACGCCUCCCCGAACAACCAGCCCCUUCUUGAACAAGAACCAUCGCCACCUCCAACCACCACCAAAACCCCCAAAAAACUAGCUCUAAUCCCACUUGUUUUCCUGAUCUACUUUGAGGUUGCCGGCGGCCCCUACGGCGAAGAAUCUGCAGUCGGGGCCGCCGGGCCUCUCUUUGCUAUCCUUGGCUUCAUCAUCUUCCCCUUCAUAUGGAGCAUCCCGGAGGCCCUCGUCACCGCCGAGCUCGCCACCACCUUCCCCGGUAAUGGCGGCUUCGUCAUCUGGGCCCACCGGGCAUUUGGCCCCUUCUGGGGCUCCUUGAUGGGUUCCUGGAAGUUCCUCAGUGGGGUCAUAAACUUGGCCUCAUACCCAGUUCUCUGCAUAGAUUAUCUCAAGCUGGUAUUGCCUAUUUUCUCGUCAGGCCUGCCUCGCUACUUUGCUAUAUUUGUUUCAACUUUGGUGCUGUCUUUUUUGAACUAUACUGGUCUGACUAUAGUAGGGUACACUGCAGUAGCUCUAGGAAUUGUUUCACUUCUGCCAUUUAUUGUGAUGUCUUUGGUCGCAAUUCCUAAAAUUGAGCCUAGUAGAUGGAUCAGUUUGGGUGAGGUGGGUGUGGGAAAAGAUUGGACAUUGUUUUUCAAUACCCUCUUUUGGAACUUGAAUUUUUGGGACAAUGCUAGUACUUUAGCUGGUGAAGUGGAACAACCCCAGAAAACCUUCCCAAAGGCAUUGCUUUCUGCUGGGUUGUUCACUUGUUUGGCUUACUUGAUUCCUCUCCUGGCUGCAACUGGGGCCAUACCUCUGCAUCAAGAAGAUUGGGUUGAUGGGUAUUUUGCAGAUGCUGCAGAAAUAAUUGCUGGGAAAUGGUUGAAAGUAUGUAUUGAAAUUGGUGCAAUUUUAUCAGUUAUUGGACUGUAUGAAGCCCAAUUGAGCAGUUGUGCAUACCAACUUCUUGGAAUGGCAGAUUUAGGAGUUUUGCCCCGACUUUUCGGGGUAAGGUCUACAUGGUUUGGCACACCUUGGGUGGGAAUUUUGCUUUCAACAGUGAUAACGCUUGCAGUUUCUUACAUGAGUUUUGUAAACAUUAUAUCUUCAGUUAAUUUCUUGUACAGUUUGGGGAUGCUAUUGGAAUUUGCAUCUUUCCUUUGGUUGAGGAAGAAGUUGCCGGCAGCGAAGAGGCCCUUCAAAGUUCCAAUGAGUUUGCCAGGGCUGCUGGUUAUGUGCUUGAUUCCAUCUGGGUUUUUGGUCUAUGUAAUGGCAGUGGCUACUAAAACUGUCUUUUUGGUAAGUGCUCUUCUGACACUGGGUGGGAUUGCUUGGUACUUUUUCAUGAAUUUUUGCAAUUCCAAGAGGUGGCUUGAGUUCAAUAAUGCUGGAGAAAAAUUAGAAGAUCAGGGUUUGGAGUAGGUACAUAAGUACAGGGUCUUGCUUCAUCUUCUGCAGAUUCUAUUCUUUCCCUUUUUUACCAGAAUCUUGUACAAGAAAGUGGUGUGUAGAUACAUAGCUCUGCGAAUGAGAUGGAUGCAAGAUAUUAGUUAUUGUAAAACAAGAGAAUUACAAAAGACAUUUUGCACAAUAUACUUGACAAGUUGGUUUCAUUAGUUACCACAACUUGUCAUUAGUUAC